AUGUUGGCGGCUCGAAUGGUCGGCGGUGAUUUCCUAAUUGUUAAUCUGAGUGAAAGACACCUGAGAAAACCGAAAAGUCCGGACGAACUGGUUGAAUACUGUCAAUUUCGUGUCUUAGCAGACGAGGCACAUGCAGAAUAUGCAAUGUGUAUGCGAUCUACGUACUUGCUGAGCUCUUCGGUGCUACGCUGCGGGCAUAUAUGUGCGGAUAGUUCGUGGUCCGAGGCUGCACUGGGGUGGUUACAUGAUAUCGAAUUAGCAGAGCUGUAUAAGAUCGAGCCGAAUAUGCGACCACCAGUAGUGAAUGCUGCUCUCAGGGCCUCACUUGCACCCAAAAAGCACUGGUUGGACCGUGCGAAGGCUUUCGUCACUAGAUAA